CAAAUAGUUUGUACCCGUCAUUUUCUGAUGCAAAUGUUCGGGACAUUUCUAUUUCCACACGUGCGAAGGCCGAGGUUACCGACACAAGUUAAAAAUGUUUUCUGCAAGACACACUCACAGAACUUUGAAAAAGGCAGUUGGGACACAUCAAGCCAGAAUGAUAUCAAACUUGUGCAAAAAGAUUUUGGCUGGAGAAAUCAAAUCUAGCAAUGGUCUAUAUUUACUGCCAAGCAGAUUCAAGUCAGAAAAGGUCAAGGGUCAUGUCAUUGGUAUUGAUUUGGGAACAACAAACUCAUGUGUGGCAAUUAUGGAAGGCAAAACUGGCAAAGUCCUUGAGAAUUCAGAAGGUGCUCGCACAACACCAUCAGUUAUUGCUUUUACCAAAGAAGGGGAGCGUCUAGUGGGAAUGCCUGCUAAACGUCAGGCGGUGACAAAUGCGACCAACACAUUCCACGCAACAAAGCGUUUGAUAGGACGUAGAUACGAGGACAAAGAAGUUCAAAAAGACAUGAAGCAUGUGCCCUUCAAGAUCAUCAAGGCUAACAAUGGGGAUGCCUGGGUGGAGGCCCAUGGUAAAGUCUACUCUCCCAGUCAGAUUGGAGCCUUCGUACUCAUGAAGAUGAAGGAAACUGCAGAGAACUAUGUGGGUCAACCAGUGAAAAAUGCAGUCAUUACAGUCCCUGCAUACUUUAAUGACUCACAGAGACAGGCAACUAAAGAUGCGGGCCAGAUUGCUGGACUUAAUGUUGUUCGUGUCAUCAAUGAGCCAACAGCAGCUGCCCUGGCUUACGGAAUGGACAAAGUCGGAGACAAAAUCAUUGCAGUUUAUGACUUGGGAGGCGGCACAUUUGAUAUCUCCAUCCUGGAGAUCCAGAAGGGAGUAUUUGAGGUGAAAUCAACAAACGGCGACACUUUCCUUGGUGGGGAGGAUUUCGACAAUAUCCUAGUCACCUUCUUGGCAACGGAGUUCAAGAAAGAUCAAGGCAUAGACGUUACCAAGGACAACAUGGCCAUGCAAAGGCUGAGGGAGGCAGCUGAAAAGGCCAAGAUUGAGCUCUCUUCAUCUCUCCAGACGGACAUCAAUCUACCCUACCUGACCAUGGAUGCCUCAGGCCCCAAGCACAUGAACCUUAAGUUGACGAGGUCAAAGUUUGAGUCUCUCGUGGAUGAGCUGAUCAAGCGCACAGUGGGCCCGUGCAACAAGGCGCUGCAGGACGCCGAGAUCAAGAAGACGGACAUUGGCGAGGUGCUGCUGGUUGGGGGGAUGACCAGGAUGCCCAAGGUACAGCAGACUGUACAGGACCUGUUUGGUCGAGCCCCAGGCAAGUCUGUCAACCCAGAUGAGGCUGUAGCUGUUGGUGCUGCCAUUCAGGGUGGAGUGCUUGCGGGUGAUGUGACAGACGUUCUCCUACUGGACGUCACUCCCCUCUCCCUAGGCAUUGAAACCAUGGGCGGUGUCUUUAGCAGGCUCAUCAACAGAAACACCACAAUCCCCACCAAGAAAUCACAGGUGUACUCGACGGCCGCUGACGGCCAGACGACUGUAGAGAUCAAGGUGUUCCAGGGGGAGAGAGAGAUCGCCACACACAACAAGCUUCUCGGGCAGUUCAUGCUGAGUGGUAUUCCCCCAAUGCCCCGUGGAGUGCCCCAGAUUGAGGUGGUGUUUGACAUCGAUGCUAACGGCAUUGUCAAUGUGUCUGCCAGGGACCAGGGUACUGGAAAGGAACAGCAGAUCGUGAUCCAGUCAUCAGGUGGUCUGUCCAAGGAUGAGAUAGAGAACAUGGUGAGGAAUGCUGAGAAGUACGCUGCGGAAGAUGCCAAAAAGAAGGACCUCGUAGAGGCCAUGAACUCUGCAGAGUCGAUCAUGCACGACACAGAGACCAAGAUUAACGAGUACAAGGCACAGGUGCCCGCUGACGAGGUUGAGAAGAUCCACAAGGAGAUUGCUGCCCUGCGUGAGGUGCUUGCCAACAAGGACAAUGAGACCCCAGAGUCUAUCAAGGAGAAGUGUAACGAGCUACAACAGCACACCAUGAAGGUGUUUGAGAUGGCGUACAAGAAGAAGAUGGCUGAUAAUGCAACCAGCAGCAGCAGCUCCAAGUCAAACCAGGAUGAUAAGGAUGAGGAGGAAAAGAAGAAGGAAGAAAACAAAUAAUCACCCACUCAGUCACUAGCUCUAUUUGAUUGGGUUCUUUUUCCAGCCUGAAAUGAUGGAAAAUAUUUAGGCACUUGAAAAUGUGUUUUUCGAUGUUUAAACCUUAGUAUUCCCGAGGCAUCAAAAUAUUACAUUGUUGUGUAUAUAAGAACAAAACCUCUCAAAUGUGUUAGUUUACAGUGUAAUAUUACUGUCAUACCAUGUACAUUUAUGCGUAACUUACUUUCAUGGAAACAGUUGAAGGCAUUAUCAUUAUGAAUGUUCAUGGCAACAAAAAACAAAGUGGAUUGUGUAGCUUCAGUCCAGUCAGUUUAUUUGCUAUGUUAACAUCUUUGAAAUAUCCAUUAUAACAAUUACAAGCAUAUUGGUUACAAAAAAAAUUCAUGAGAAUAUAUAUUUCAGUGAAUUUUUUGGUAAAUAUUUGUAUACUGGUUAGCAAGUGAACAGUCAUUUAGAAUCCUGUGUAGACCUGCUAGUUUAAAAAAAUAGAAUUCUUAUCACAAAUUGGUGGGGAAUAUAGACCCCAAAUAUAUUUUAUUUAGAGAAAAGAAACUAUUGGAAAUUGAACAACUUUAUACAUGGAUUAACUGACUGGUUUGUAGUAUUCAAUAUGUAAAUGGUAGAGUGUAAAAAUGUAUUAUAUUUUGUGUGUAUGGUUUUGCAUAUUUGGCAUUGUGUUAAUAAUAGUAAUUCUUUGUUUUCAUUCAUGAUUGAUGGUCAAAAAUGAAGUCUAAGUACUUGUUCAGUACUCAACAAGUGCAGUUGAUAGCUGUAUUUUGACAGUUAGCGUGGUCAAGCCAGGCAUAGGAAAGGAAUGUGAGAAAAAUUCAAGAAAUUAACAUUUUUUCAUUUCGCAUUAUUGUUACAUAGUAUUCAGAUCUUUUUGCUUUAAUUAUGAUAUAGUAGUACAGGAGUUUUAGUGUUAUAACAUUAUUUCUAACGGUGGAAACAUUACAACAGUUUAUUGUUUAACUCCAGUUUUAGAAUUUUACAGGAAUGUAUAACACUCCAUGUUGUGUUUCGUCAAUUAACAGCCGAACGUUUAUUCUGUUCGGCCUUUCAAGUCAUUUGUGCAUCAAAUCAUUUAAUAAAACUUGAAGGAUACAA